CCUUUCCCUUGUCCUGCAAGGAAGGAUUUGGCCGAGCCAGCCGACUUUGGUUUGUAUGCCUGUAUAUAUUUAGACACAUAGUAGCGCUGCAUGCUCCAAAAAUUGAAGCAAUCACAAGGAAGUCUCUAUUCUCCAAGAAAUCAUAAUAUCUUUAGUUCUUCAAGAAGCUAAAAAAAAAAUCAAGAAAGAUGGACUCGAUAAACAGCUCAACUCUUCCUUUGUGUGCCAAGGGUUGCGGGUUCUUUGGUUCUCCAGAGAACGAGAAUUUUUGUUCAAAGUGUUAUAAAGAGUAUCUCAAAGAAGGGUUAAUUGCUGAGCCUUCCAAGAAACUCUCUGAACCUAUCGUAGUCACCCCAUCUUUUGAUGAUAAUAGCCCAGAUGUUGUUACCGACGAAACAACUUCAACAACUACUGCUGUUGCAUCCACUUCAAAAGUGAAGAAUAGAUGUGAAUGCUGCAACAAGAAAGUUGGUUUGAUGGGGUUCGAGUGCCGCUGUGGGAACACCUUCUGUGGGGUUCAUCGAUAUCCUAAGGAGCACUCUUGUACUUUUGAUUUCAAGACUCUUGAUCAACAAAAUUUGGCCAAGCAAAAUCCACUUGUUGCAGGUGAUAAACUUGGUUCCAGAAUUUGAAUGAUCAGGAGUUCUUGCAUCUGUCUUCUUUAUGAAUUCAAGAAAGUAAUACUUGUUGUUUGUAUCAUUAUCUUUUCUUUGAUUUUGAAAAUAAAAGUUUCGACAUGGUAUCAUCUUCGAAGUAAUUAAUAGUUUAUGAA